AUGUUGAAUCUUUUAAGUGAACCAAUUAAUAUUGCAAUCGAUGGUCAAGUAGCAACAGGAAAAACAUCAAUUGGUAGUGAACUUGCAAGAUUUUUAAAAUACAAAUUUAUCGAUACAGGCUUAUUCUAUCAUUAUUUUGCAGCAACAUAUUAUAAUCACCAUGUGGAUAAUUUAAAA